AAUGAUUAGUAUUUUGUUGGUUAUUUUUGGUUUUCCAAUGUUUUUUGAAGGUUGUUUUUGUGUUGAUUGGCCUCAAGCUAAAAAUACAAUUAAUUUAGAGCAAACUUUCCCUGUAAGUAAAUACCUCGAUUGUGGAUAUAAUCGUUAUGUGCCAAAUUUAAAAAAUGGAAAGUGGGGGAGUGGAGAAUUUAUGUUUCCGGUAUUUCAACUGCAAGAAGGAGCUACGAUAAAAAGAUGUAUUUUCUCUGGGGCUGAUGGAAUUCAUUGUAAUGGAAGUUGUAUUGUAGAAGAUUGUUGGAAUGAAAAUGUUGCGGAUGAUUCUAUUACCCUUCUUGGGAGUAAUCCAGGUGCAGUAUAUACGAUUCGUGGUGGAGGUGCAAAAAAUGGAAAAGGGAAAAUAAUACAAUUUGACGGGGCUGGAACACUAAAUGUCAACAAUUUUUAUAUUCAUACAUGUGGACAAGGAAUACGUACUUGUGGUAAUUGUCACCCACAGUAUCGUAACCGUAAAAUAAAUGUGAAUGGAUUAACUAUAGAAAGCCUCGAGAUUGGGCAAUAUGUUGUUGGAGUAAAUAAAAAUUAUGGAGAUGUAGCUACCCUCAAAAAUAUUCAUAUUCUUGGACCAAACGCAAAUCAAGUAUUUCCUUGUAAAACAUUCGAAGGAAAUGAUCAAGGUAAAAAUCCAAAAGUUCUUGAUAUGGAGGAUGAUAAUGGAGGAGAUGGAAAGUAUUGUAUUUAUAAAAAAAGUGAUAUUCAUAUUAACUCAUAAAUCAAAAAUAAAAAGAUGGGAGAAGUUUAUUGUAAAAUAUGG